GCAUCCUCGCCCUUCCAUGAAAAUACCAAGUUGAGCUACAGGCGGACCCCUUCCUCAGUUCGACGGGAAUGCAGGGUUACCAGGCAACAUAGGAAAACAUAGGAAGAAUAUAUCAUUGGUGUGAUCUGUUUCUGGUGCGGCAUCCUUGAAACCGACUCCACAAAGCAAGCCUUAGUGGCGAAAGACACCUCUGGAUGCAAGGAACCAUAAUCAAGAACCUGACGCUUUGAAGUGAUACCACCAAUCUAUCGCUUUUAUUACGGUGCGGGAAACAAACAGCAGCAAAUGUGCGCUGUUGGGGGCUAUCUAGCUAUUAAUACUGGCAUAAGACUCGGCCGUUGCCUUAACGAUACCGUGUCCGCCCCGCCGUGUGCGAAAAUAUCAAGCUGGCCCCAAUAAUUCCUCUUCCAAACGCAUAUCAACGUAUCCUGGUGUGCCCCUACGGUAGUCAUAUUAACCAUGGCACAAGCUACUGAGCAAGAUUUUCCUUACUCUCUGUAUGUUGGCCGAUGACUGAGACUCAGGUGUUCCUUACUCGCGCUCAUAUUCUGCUCCGCACAUCUUGUUACUCACCUAAGUGCUAACUGUGAUGAUUAUAUGCAGCACUAUAUCCGUACCCCUUCCCACACACCGACUUGCCUCCUCUGCCCUUCGCGCGCUACAGGUAGACCUUGAGCUAUCACCGCUGGUCAAGCGCACAUUCCGUCUCACAAAUCCCGAGUCAUCCAGCAUCAUCACACAACAAACUGAAAUACAAGUAAACCGGACAGCAGGAGAGCGUAAAACUGGGCAGACUGCUACUGAUGACAAUCUAGAUGCCAGUGAUGAGAGCUUAACGGUUUUGGAGACUGAAUACAGAGCAACUACCAACCGAAUGCUACGAGUGGCAGUGAACGCCUUUAUGGACUCGCUAGGCGUCGUCGUUAGCGUGAUGGAAGAGUUGGACGUCGAUGUCCUAGGCAAUGAAUUGGGGAAGCCGUAGAACAAAUAGCUAUGAGAAGACUGCUCUUUUAAUUACCUUGAUAGACUCCCACAAUUUACCCAAGCACAGUGGCCAUUUUGGUGAAUUUUCCAAUACCACAGCGUAGUCAUAAACGUGCAUCAUAAUACCGUAACCUUCAACGAAAAUUUCCUGUAGAUAGUACAGAUAACUUGCUACCUAUCCUCUAUGCACAGUGCUACCUCUGGCGUCGUCUGUAUCUCCGCUGCUCUCCUGCGUCCACCAAAUCUGAGGCCCCUUCCCAAAGCGGAACGGAGACAGUGCUAUGUAUUUCCUGAAGAAUAUAUUACAUAAUCUGCUGUCAUUCGUGGUCAGCCAAUGGGAG